CUCAAACUAUUACACAGAGAGAGAGAGAGAGAGAGAGAGAGAGAGAAAAGGGAUACAGAAAACAAACAGCGCUCUUUUCUUCUGUGAACAAAAAACGUCGUCGCUCCGUCUUGAAAAUGAAUUCACUGAGCCGAGACCUUGUCUUCCUGAUCUUACAGUUCCUAGACGAGGAGAAAUUCAAAGACACCAUUCACUUUCUUGAAAAGGAGUCAGGACUGUUUUUCAGCAUGAAGCACUUGGAGGAGAUGGUACUUAGCGGGAAAUGGGAUGAGCUUGAGAAGUACCUCUCUGGAUUCACCAGGUUGGAUGACAACAGGUUUUCCAUGAAGUUAUUUUUCGAAAUUCGAAAACAAAAAUACCUGGAGGCAUUGGAUAACCGUGAGACGCCUAGAGCAGUGGAAAUCCUGGUGAAGGAUUUGAAGGUUUUUGCCAACUUUAAUGAGGAAUUGUACAAGGAAAUCACUCACCUUCUCACAUAUGAUAAUUUCAGAGAAAAUGAUCAGCUUUCUUCUUAUAGAGAUGCAAGAACCGCUAGAACAAUGAUGUUGGUUGAGCUCAAGAGGCUCGUUGAAGCGAAUCCCAUUUUCCGCGAAAAGCUGCAGUUUCCUGCUAUGAGAGGUUCAAGACUGCGACUGUUGAUUAAUCAGAGCUUGAACUGGCAGCAUUCGCUCUGUGCAAAUCCGAAGCAGAAUCCUGAAAUAAGAACCCUCUUAGUGGAUCAUGUUUGUAGAAAUGCAGCUGAACCAAGUAUGCAAUUAACUCCUCCAACCAAUCAGCUGGCAGUUCCUGGAGCAAGACCUGAAGGUUACAUUCCAGUUGGUGCAACUGGGUCAUUCGAGACAAUAAGGACAUGGGUUUCUAAUCUCCCAGUUCCACAUCCUCCAAUAGUUUCCAGGCCAAGAAUUGCCCUUCCCGGUCCUUCGAUUCCAGCUACAACUCCAAGAGAGAUUGUGGAUUUGGAAAGUGAUUCCCCGGUGGUAAUCUCACCAGCUUCAGACCGGAUGGUUAAUCCUGUUAAUGAUCGUGGUUCGGCAUCUAAUGGCUCGACAUCUCAUCUUAGCGAUGAAUUGCCUAUGACUGUUGCAAGAACAUUGAAUCAGGGAGCAACUCCCACAAGUCUGCACUUUCAUCCUGCUAAACAGACUCUUCUUCUUGUUGGAGAUGCAAUGGGAGACUUUGCCUUGUGGGAAGUUAGCACAAAGGAGAAGGUAGUAUCAAGAAGUUUUCAGGUUUGGGAUAUUGAGAAACACUCGACGAUAUUGAAGGCACUUUUGGUCAGAGAUCCGCGAGUCUCAGUUAAGCGUGUCUUGUGGAGUCCGGAUGGCACAAUAUUUGGAGUUGGAUUUUCCGAACAUGUGGUGCAGUUGUUUACCUAUUCUGGGGGAAAGAACAUUAGGCCACAUUUAGAGAUUGACUCCCAUAUUGGGGCUGUAAACGAUCUCGCCUUCUGCACUCCCACCAGACAACUCUUUCUCAUGACCUGUGGGGAUGACAAGUCAAUCAAGGUAUGGGAUGUGGCUACUGGUGCAAAAGCUUUUUCAUUUGAAGGUCAUUCUGCUCCAGUUCAUUCUAUCUGUCCUCAUCAGAAGGAAAAUGUUCAUUUCUUCUUUUCAACUUCAGUGGAUGGAAAAAUAAAGGCAUGGUUAUAUGACAAUAUGGGAUCUAGAGUUGACUAUGAUGCACCUGGUCACUCCACUGCGGCAAUGGUUUAUACAGCUGACGGGAAGAGGCUGUUCUCAUGUGGGAAAGCAAGAGAAGGGGCAUCAAUCCUUGUUGAAUGGAAUGAAAAUGAAGGUAUUGUCAAAAGAAUUUAUCAAGGAUUGGCUAAAUCUUCUGCAAGUAUUGCACAAUUUGAUACCACCAGGAGCCGGUACUUGGUUGUCGGAGAUGAAUUUUCCAUAAAGUUCUGGGAUAUGGAGCACAUCCACCCUGUGGCUGUGACUAAAGCUGGAGGAGGCUUACUAGUUUUGACAACCUACAUGCCUCCCCCACCAGCUGCAACAUGUAUUGUUUUCCAUCCUGAUGAUAACAACGUACUUGCUGUUGGCAUGGAUGAUUCAAUAAUUCAGAUAUAUAAUGUUCGAGAAAACAUGGUCAAGCAUAAGCUUAAUGGUCAUUCUAAAAGAGUUACUGGCCUUGCUUUCUCUUAUGUGCUCCAUGCACUUGUCUCUGCUGCUGAUGAUUCUCAGAUUAUUCUUUGGAGCACUGAGAAAUGGGAGAAGAGAAAGAGCUGUCCCUUGCAACUCCCAGCUGGGAGGGCCACAACAAGUGCAGCGAAUUCAGGCGCUCGCCUUCAAUAUAACUUUGAUCAAGUCCAUGUGUUGGCUUCAAAUGAGACUCAGAUUUCCAUUUAUGAUACCAUCAAACUUCAAUGUGUAAAGCAGUGGAUUAUAGAGGAAUCUUCACCACUCAUCACGUAUGCAACAUUCUCCUGUGACGGGGAGUUAAUCUACUGUAGCUUCCGGGAUGGGAUUAUUCGUGUCUUUGGUAUGCCAAGUCUGAAUUUACGGUGCCAGAUCAACCCUUCUGCGUAUCUCCCAUCUGAAUCUAUUUCUACUGCCUAUCCCCUGGUAGUUGCUGCACAUCCGCAAGAACCAAACCAGUUUGCUGUUGGGCUGACAGAUGGUUACAUUCAUGUUGUUGAGCCACUCGAAUCAGAAGGGAAAUGGGGCCAGACUAAUCCAGCACUUAAGAAUGUUGCAUCAACUAGCCCUGCUUCUGCAACUCCAGCAGUCCCAGUUUCUGAUCAGGCCCUGGCCUGA